AUGGCAAGUACACCUGUGCUAGAGCCAGCUCAAAUGACAAGAACAGUAGAGAUACGCCCCAGGGCCGGCGGCCGGCUGCCGCAGCUGGACGCCGCCGCCUUCCUGCACAUCUGGCAGCGCUUCGAUGAGGACGAUAAUGGUUACAUAGAGGGGAAGGAGCUUGAUAAUUUUUUUCAUCAUCUGCUGAAGAAACUGGGUCCAGAUGACACACUAACAGAGGAAAAGGUGCAAAGAAUGAAAGAGCAGUUCAUGUCCUCGUACAAUGUCACAGCAGGUGGACGUUUGCAAAUACAAGAGCUUGCAAACAUGAUCUUGCCAGAUGAUGAGAAUUUUCUGCUGCUUUUCCGGCGGGAAACUCCCUUGGACAACAGCGUGGAGUUUAUGCGGAUUUGGCGCAAAUAUGAUGCUGAUAGCAGUGGGUUUAUUUCAGCUGGUGAGCUCAAAGACUUCCUGAAAGAUCUUUUUUUGCAACACAAAAAGAUGAUCCCUGCAGCAAAGCUUGAAGACUACACUGAUACAAUGAUGAAGAUUUUUGACAAAAAUAAAGACGGACGAUUGGAUCUGAACGAUCUGGCAAGGAUUCUGGCGCUCCAGGAAAAUUUCCUCCUUCAGUUCAAAAUGGAUGCUUGUACUACAGAAGAAAGGAAGAGAGAUUUUGAGAAAAUUUUUGCACACUAUGAUGUUAGUAAAACAGGAGCACUUGAAGGUCCAGAAGUAGAUGGCUUUGUCAAAGAUAUGAUGGAGCUUGUCAAGCCCAGCAUUAGUGGUGUGGAUCUGGAUAAAUUCCGCCAGAUUCUGCUUCAUCAUUGUGACGUGAACAAGGAUGGAAAAAUUCAAAAAUCUGAACUAGCUUUGUGUCUUGGGCUUAAGAUGAACCCGUAAAUUUGAAUGCAUUUCAUCUUUUGUUUGCAAAGUUUUCCUUUGUACGAA